AGAACGACGGAGAGAAAGAACUCAUGAGUUUCUCGAAAUUUCUGCAGUAGAUAUCCGUCUUCUGCACAGAAACUCGAAGACGCAAAUACCUAAUUUUGAUCAUAAAUUGCGAUAAUCGAUCAUUUUACGAUGCAAAAACUUGGGUUUCUAGGCUUGAAAAGCUUUGAUUCGUUUAAAUCUUUGACAGGAUCGGCUUCAGGAACAGCUAAAACCUUAGCACUUUCUUCGCGAUCAUCUUCCGAUUCCAUUACUUCAGGAAGUUUUGCGAGCUUGAAGCUCACUGCUGAAAAAUUAGUCAAAGAACAAGCUUCAGUGAGAACAGAUCUCGAUUUGGCGAAUUCGAAAUUGAAAAAAUAUCUGGAGCAUAUUCAUGUUCUAGAAGAGAAAUUACAAGCAGCUUGCAAUGAGAACGCGAGAUUGAAAGUAAAACAAAAGGAAGACGGGAAGCUAUGGCAAGGUCUCGAGUCAAAAUUCUCUUCCACAAAAACCUUAUGCGAUCAGCUCACCGAAACCUUGCAGCUUUUGGCCAGUCAAGUUCAGGAUUCAGAGAAGGACAAGCAGUUGAUUGAAGAGAAAUUAACAGCAAAUUCAGCUGCAUUGGAUGCUUUGAAUGAUCAAAUGAAGAAUUUGUCUCUUAAGUUGGAGUCAGCAGAGGAAAAUAUACGACAACGUGAUCAGGCACUUAAGGAGAUCCAAGAGCAGAAAGAGGAACAACAGGUACUUCAUGAGGAUGAACGGUCCAAAAGUACCAAAAUUAUAGAGGAAAAAGAUGCUUUGAUCAAAUGCCUUGAAGAGGAUCUUGCCAAAAGCAGAUUGGUUGGUGAGAAUUUGAAAUCAGCAUUCAAUGAUGCAGAUAUAGAACUGAAAUCGAAAGAGGAGACUCUUACUAAAAUGAGAGUUUCUCUUGAAAACAUGGAGAAGGAGAAAAUUAAUCUUCAAUGUAGCAGUGAUGAGUUUGCAAAAAGAUUAACCACAUCAAUGCAGGAAACAAAAAAUCUAAAAGAUGUUGUAGGUGUUUUUGCUGCAAAACUGGUUGAAUUGGAUGAGCACAGUUUGUCUGUAUCAAAACAGAUUUCUCAACUCUACUCUGUGUACGAUUUCUGUUCUAAAUUGGUUGAACUUGAGAGGGAUCUCACUGCUAAACGUGCUGAAGAGAAAUUUGCUCUUCUGCAUCAUCAGCACAUGCUGUUAAAAGCAGAAAGAGAUGAGUUACAAUCCUUGAAUCAGGAGUUGAAGGGUAAGGUAGAUGAACUUCAUCAAGCCCAAGAGUCUGCGAUGGUGCAGCAUGCUGAUGAAUGCCGCUUAACAGAAGAGAGGAUACGUAAGUUAGAGUCUGAGGCAGAAGUUCUUGUCUCCAAGAAUUCUGAAGCAGAAAAGAUCAUUGCCAAGUUGGAGGAGCAAAUUCGCAUCCUCUCAGACAGCUUAGGCUCAUCUGAGAACGAAAAGAAGGAUCUGACGAUUAGAUUGUCAGAGCUAGAAUUAGAAAAGAAGGAGCACAUGGAGAAGCUCCAGGGAGAUGUACAGAAAAAGGAGGAUGCUAUUGAUGGAUUUCAGAAAGAGAUUUUGAAAAUCACAGAGCAGGUGAAGUCUUUGGAGGAGCAAGCAAAAAAGCUUCAUUCCAUGUUGGAGGAGAAGGAACAGCUAAUCCUUCAAUACAAUGACAAAGCGAAGCAACUGGAAAGCCAAAAUGCAGAGAUUCAGGCACAAUUAGUCACUGCAGAAAGCAAGCUCGGAGAAGCUAAAAAGCAGUAUGAUGCUAUGCUUGACUCUAAACGGUUAGAGCUGUCAAAGCAUUUGAAGGAGAUUUCCCAGAGGAAUGACCAGGCAAUAAAUGACAUUAGGAAGAAGUAUGAAGUAGAGAAGCAAGAGAUUGUUAAUUUUGAGAAAGAGAAGGCAGACAAGGCAGUUUCUGAGAUGGAAAGGCUCUGUGAGAUAAAACUUAAUGAGUGUAAAGAGGAAUCAAAGAAGAAUCUGGCUCACAUACAAGAGGAACAUGUUGCUCUGAUUGAUCGCAUAAAAAAGGAGCAUGAGAGAGAAGAGUUCAAUCUCAAAUCUGCCCACCUUGAAGAACUGAAAUGUAUUCAACUCCAGGCUGAGAAAGAUUUAAGAGAGAAAAUAACCACACUCAGAAAUGAGUAUGAAUCCCAGAUAAGAGCUUUAAAAUUGAAGAGUGAAGAUGAAUGUAGACAGCUUCAGCAAGAGUUGGAUCUUCAGAAAUCUAAAGAAGAAAGGCAAAGGGCUCUUUUGGAGCUACAGUGGAAAGUGAUGAGUGACAAACCCCAAGAGGACCAAGAAGUAAACUCAAAGAAGGAGUAUUCUGUUUCAUCAAUCAGGAAGAGAGAUGCAGACGACACGAAAAGAAGCAUGCAUGCACCACUGGAUUCAAAUUACCGAGGUGUAAUUCAAUCUCCUGUAUCAAGCUUGCUAAGGAAAGUAGAGAAGGGGAAUGCUGGAAGCAUGAUGGAUGUAUCCAAACAUGGAAGGAAGGUAACUCAUCGUGAAUAUGAAGAGGAAACAACAAAUGGAGGCACAGUUACCAAAAGGAGGAAAACUAAGAGUACAGUCAUGUUUGCGGAUCCAAGGAAGCAUAAGAAGGUUUCAAAUCCUAAAGCCAAUACUCCAAAGAGCUUUACGAAGGGAAGUAGGAAAACAGGAUACAUUCAGAGUCAACCUACCAAUCUAGUUGAUUUGUUUUCUGAAGGGUCAUUAAAUCCGUAUGCUGAGGGAGACGAUCCCUAUGCCUUUGAUUAAAAGUAGAGAUGGUCAUUUUCUAAUGUUCGGAACUUGGUCUGAAAUCCUCCAAGAUGUUGAUAGCUUACUUGUAUUGUGUGGUACACUAAGAUAACAAAGAGAACCCUACAUCCGUAUCCUUUUAUAAACUAGGUAUUAUGCAGUACAUAAAAAAUUGUCUAAAAUACUGGUCCAGUUUCUUCUUAUUUGGAGCAAAUGAUUGCAGGCAGUGAGUAAUAUUCCUAGAUAAGCCAGCAAGUGCACAGUAGUUCAACUGAUACUCUGACAGGGCAUCAAUGGGAUUUAGCUGAUGGACCAACGCGUUUGCUUAUUGAUACAUGUAAUAUUUUACAGGUUAAAGAAAAAAACAACUCCUGCAUAUGAUGUAGGAAUUAAGUUGCUAGAUCGAAACCAACUGUCCUUUCAAUUUUUGGAACACAUUGUUUCACUGCUAAUUGCAAGCAGCUAUGCAUGUCUAAAAUAUCUCGCUGAUUCAUACUCUCUGAAACACGGCUUAGUCUAGAGCCUGAGCUUCGUAUUAAG